AUGGCUGCAAUGGAAGAGCUGGAGAUCCAUAGCAAGUCCUACUUCGUGCGCUGGGUCAAUGUGGGCGCAGGCCACACCAUCUCAUGGAGCAUUCAACCGCACAAGAAGUCGGUCAACUUUGGCAUCUUCAAGCAUCCCGGCCAGUCCAACUCUCUCGGCACUCAUCUCCCCUCCGAUUCCCACAGCACCGAUUCCAACGAGAAUCUCCCCGCAACCGCGAACUCCGGGUCCCGCAAUCAACAAUCCACCGUCAUCGACAAGCUUACAGCCAUCGGCCUCAAGACUAUCAAAUGGACUGGAAAGUGCGAAGCCGACAAGAUUUCUCAAGGGACCUACGAUGUGCCUAUAAAUGAGGCAGGAAACUACGCGCUGGUCUUCGACAACACCUUCUCCAAACAAAUCUCCAAGACCGUCACCCUCGUUCUCCUGACUUAUCCGACCGGUCUACAACCGCAUAGUUCCGCGACACCUUCGAUCGCUCGCGCCGCGACCAGUGGCUCAACCGAAUCCCUCUCGCAACCCAAGACUCGCCGCCGUGGGAACAGCCGAUCGACCCUGAGCGCGCAGACCGCAUUUACCUCCACGUCAACCGUCCACACGGGUCAGCUGCAAAAGCGCCGGCGUAAGCGAGGCCAGGGCUGGGCGCGUCGGUUCUUCUCUUUGGACUUUACAUCAUGCACUCUGUCAUAUUACCAUGACCCGAAUUCGUCAGCAUUACGAGGCGCCAUCCCGCUUUCAUUGGCGGCCGUAGCGACCAACGACAAGUCCCGUGAGAUCUCCAUUGACUCCGGAACGGAGAUCUGGCAUCUCCGCGCCAGCAGCGACCAAGACUUUGUUUCUUGGAAGGGAGCUUUGGAGAAAGCCUCUGCUCCGGAGACACCCAAGGGUAAUGGAUUAUCUCAUCUCGGCGGUCCUCCUGAAUUGCGCAUCUCUCUCCCCGACCAACCCUCUGCGGAGGAAGAGCAUGAAUGGACGAGGGUGGAAAGUUUGGUUGGUAAGGUAUCUGGCUCGCGUGAUGCAGUGCGCCGCCUUGCUAGAGAUACCGACCCCAAGUACCUGACGACUCCUGCGCCCGCUGCGCCGGAACGCACCCGUGGCCGAUCCCCAAGUCCUCAACCUGCAUCUGCAACGAGUGAAGCCCCUAGUGGUGACCGCGACCCCAAACGGCCUUUCUGGAAGCGCAAGACCAGUGGAACUUCCAAUACUAGUGCUAAGCGUCCCCCGGGACCGGAGCAGACGAACUCAAGUUCUUCUCAGCUGGUGGUGCCCACCGGCAAGGCUGCCAGUAUUGCCAGCCAUGGUGAUGGAACGGACGAGUUUCAUGACCAUUUGAUGGCUGUUCUGCGUGAUCUAGAUAAUGUUGUGACGGAAUUCUCUACUCUUCUCUCCGAGAGUAGACAGCGACGACACCCACCCCGCUCGGCAGUCUCUCUGGCCCCCCGUCGGAGUAUGGAGUCUGAGGACUUGGAAUUCUUCGAUGCUAAUGAUGGAGGUGUGACGAAGAAGGAGAAAAAUGGAGAACGACCCGGCACCGCUACCGAGCAAGUCGACGAUGCUCCUUCGGAUAGUGACGAGGACGACGAAUCAACGGCCCCUCAAGAUAGCAGUAACGCCGCUCCAUUAUUCCCAGUCAAACCCAAAUCAUUGUCUCCCCUUCCGUUGGAUGUUGUCCGUCGCCGUCAAAACAUAUUAGCUCCGACGGUCCUCCCACCCAGUCUGAUCGGAUUCCUGCGCAAGAACGUCGGCAAAGAUCUAUCUACGAUAUCCAUGCCCGUUUCCGCGAACGAGCCUCUUUCUCUACUACAGCGUGCCGCCGAGAUUGUCGAGUACUCAUCGAUGCUGGACAAGGCUGCCCAGAUCUCCGACAGCACUGAACGACUGAUGUACGUCACCGCAUUCGCACUAUCAUCUCUAUCAAGCAACCGAGUCCGAGAACGAUCCAUCCGCAAACCUUUCAACCCCAUGCUCGGCGAAACCUACGAACUAGUCCGCGAAGACCUAGGCUUCCGCUUCAUUGCCGAAAAGGUCUCCCACCGCCCCGUCCAACUCGCCUACCAAGCCGACAGUCGCGACUGGAGUCUCUCGCAAUCGCCCAUGCCAAGUCAGAAAUUCUGGGGCAAGUCCGCAGAAAUCACAACAGAAGGCCGAGUCCGCAUAAGCCUCCAUGCCACCGGCGAGCGCUUCAGCUGGAUAGUAGCAACAUCCUUCCUACGCAACAUCAUCGCCGGCGAGAAGUACGUCGAGCCCGUCGGCGAACUUACCGUCGCAAACGAAACCACCGGCCAACGAACAAUCACAACCUUCAAAGCUGGCGGCAUGUUCUCCGGCCGCAGUGAAGAAGUCUCCACCCGCGCUGUGGACUCGUAUAACAAACCGCUCGCACUGGGUCUGACGGGAUCCUGGCCAACAGCACUAUCCCUCACUCGCGAUGGCUCAACACCAUCUGGUAAACCGAUCUGGACUGCUGGACCCCUCGUCCCCAACGCGCCGAAGCACUACGGUCUUACGGCCUUCGCUGCGGCCCUGAAUGAAAUCACACCCGUGGAGGAAAAUCAUCUUCCAGCCACAGACUCGCGUCUGCGUCCUGAUCAGCGCGCGCUGGAAGAAGGUGAUCUCGAUAAAGCGGAGGAAGUCAAGGUCCAGCUGGAAGAAGGGCAACGCGCGCGUCGUCGUGAGAUGGAGGAUGCGGGUGAGGCUUGGACUCCGCGCUGGUUUACGCGGGUUGGUGAUGAGGGUGAUGGGGAGGUUGUUUGGCGACUUAAGGGUGGGAAGGAUGGGUAUUGGGAUGAGAGAGCUAGGGGGAAUUGGUCUGGUGUUGUGCCUGUUUUCGAGAAUUGCUAG